GGCACAGCUGGGAACAGACACUGAGCCAGGAUCUGUGACACUCAGAGGGAAGUGGCCGCAGUCAGUGGUGCUGGAGGAGAACACUCUCAUUCAGAAAUAUUACCAACACUCACAGUACAGGAUGGUAUGGAAACCGGAGUGUGAGUGUCCCCUCUGAGCGCCUGUGGCACGUUUCUGUAGUAUCUGCAGCACACAGGACUCGGCACAGGAUACAUACGUCCGGGAACCCGGGACCUAUAGUAGCAGAUCUGUAUUUGCAGAGGACAUGCAGAUACUCAUAUGGAUGUAGACAGGGGAGUGAUCCGUACAGUCUCUGGAGAGAUAGCCAAGUAAUGGGAGACGCCAGCGAGGAGAAAGUUCCUGUGAGAGGAGAGCAGGAAAUAAAACUUUGCUGAGGAAUAACUGAGACGAGCGUGUAAUGUACAGAGCAGGGAAGAGGAGCCUGUGAGGGAGCCGGGUUAUACUGACGCCGACCUGUGCGAGCUGAGGGCGAUACGUGUGUGAGGGAAGCCCGGCCAGGAUGGAGAGCUCUGUGCCCACACUGUGGAUUGCUGUCACCUGCCUGGCGUUUACUGUGCGCACUGUGCACCUGUACCAGAAUACUAGUCAUUGCAACCCAGAGAGGCAGUACAAACAUGACAGGCGAUGCUGCAAUAAAUGUCAACCAGGAACAUACAUGACUGCCAGGUGUACUUCUGUUGCAAACACCAGUUGCAACCCGUGUGGCCCCGAUGAGUACAUGAGUCUUUGGAACAAUGAUACGGAAUGUGUGCGCCAUAUAGUGUGUGAUCCAGGGAAAGCAUUGCAUGUUCUUCACAGUGGGAACCGAACUUUUCCCCGAGAGUGUGUGUGCACAGAGGGAUAUCACUUGGACGCACAACUAGAAAUAUGUAUGGAAAAUAGAAAAUGCCCCCCUGGAUUUGGAGUGCAGUCCCCAGUUGAACUAAAUAAAAAUAUUAUAUGUGCAACUUGCAAUGUGGGAUAUUAUUCCAACUCUACCUCGACAACAGACCACUGCAAGCCCUGGACAAACUGUACAGAUGUAGGACUAGAAGAGAUUGUUGCUGGUACUAACGUUUCUGAUGCUGUGUGUGACCGUCGCCUCCUACCUGAUUCGACACAAGUAAUAAUCCUUAUUACGUUACUCAUUUUGGCGUCAGUAUUAAUCAUUUUCUGCAUCUAUUUUGUGUGUUGUAUGAAGCAAUACAGCACCGUAAAAGAGACUGUGCAGGAGUGGGUACAUGGAAAAUGUGACCAGUUACGUAAAUCUGAGAAAAAAUCUCCAUACAGUGAACCAAUUAAAUCUGAGUCAAAAGACACAGCUUACAUCAAAAUAUCAGAUUCGCCCAUGAAGGAAAUCACCUACCCUCUUUAUUCAAAUAAUAAAAAAGAAUCAGAGGUUCAUCAAGGUAGAAUGGUUCCAAUAGAAGAUGAAUACAUGGAUCAGAGGCGAUCAUCUGAUGCCGAGAAUGGAAGCAUGUUUGCAGGCAUGGACUCAUUAUCAGACUUAGACAUUGGCUCUCUGGGAACCUUCCCUGGCUUCUCAGAUACUAGCUCCGAUAGAUUGCUGUCUCCAUCACAGGAGGAGGGGGUCAGUAUUCCACUGUAUUCACACCAUCAGUGUGGUCAGUCUGCUAAAGCCAUUCCUAGGAAGUGGACAGAGGAAAACUAUUCUAAUACAGACCCUGUGGACAACUUGUGUGGUCACUGUGCCUCGCAGCACACCUUCCAUCUAUUCUCACAGGAAGAGAGAAAUACUGACGAGGAGCCAUGUUUCCAAUUCACUAACAGCCAGUACACAAGGAGCAGUGCUGACAGCAGCCCUACAACAGAUAUACCGCCACCUCCGUCAGGAAAUGUGACAGGGAAUAACAACACAACGGUUAUCUCAACUGCCCCAGUGAUGAACAUUAAAACAGAUGUUGUUGUAGUGUACUAUAAUGCAGGCCCCCAGGACGCACACACAGCUCCUGAAAAUGAAGAAGGCAUAAGACGGCCAAUGCAGGAAGAGAGCCAGAGCCGCUGUGACAGCUUUGUAGGAAACACACAGUCUCACCGAUAUACGGAUAUUCCCAGCUGCUCAACAUCAGAUGCAGACAGCAAAAACGCUGCAGAUCAUAUAAGAGACCCCGACAGCCCAGUCACUUUAAGUCAGGAACAAUGUGACAUUAUGUUCUGUCAAAACACAGAUUCUCUGCCUGUGCAAGAGGAAGGAAAGCCUGAAUAUUAUCACUCAGAGAUUGUAUAAAGCCAUGAGCAGACAGACCGUUACAUGGAUACCGCAACGUACAAUACAGUACCUUGUGUAAGCACCACUUUCAGAGCCAGGAGAGCUGUCUGACCUGGGCACCCCAGUCAAGUUGGAAAUUCAUUUGUAUAACAUCUACAUCUGACAUCUGUGGUCUCUGUUGCUGAAUUUCCCAUAUGUCACUUAUUUAUUCAGUAUUUCUGCCUCUUAAAGUGGAAUAUGUACAUUAAAAAACUAUCAAGUAAGUUUUUAAAUGUUGUGUAAACUUAGAUAUAUUUUAACAUUGCAAUUUAUUUCAUUGCAAUAAGUUGUUGUGACACUCCCACUUAUUAUGUUAUUGUCUCUGGACAGCUUUUAGUGGCCCGCAAAACCUCUUCAUGCAGCCAUGACAGCAUCCUCUGGUUAUAAAGAAGGGGCUGGCUGCAAUAGUAAAGUGGAAUGACAUUAUAACAAAGCAAUGUUUUUUUUUACAGUAAUUAUAUUUAAAUUUACACAACAAAUUAUUUAACUUGUAUCUACACCAAGAGCAGGUCAUGUUUAAUUUGCUUUAUAUAACGGGGCAUUGGUCUUGGAAGCAUUAUUUCUCAUGUGCACUGUGAUUUGUUAGUCAGUGAUAUGGAGUCACAAGAAGUGUUCCUGUCAGGUGCCUUCUGACCACCUUACUGUAUGCAGUUUUCAUACCCUCCAACUGUAUUUUUUUGGCAGAUACAGUACCUUUUUUUUAUGGUCUGUACCUGCCAGAAAGGGCUUUGUACCGAUUUUUGACUCUCCAAUUAACAUUGAAAGUAUAUGAAAGGGGGCAUGACCACGCCCCCUUUACCCAUGACCACGCUCCCUUUCCUUAUUUGUACGGGUUUUUAUGUGUAAAAUGUUGGAGGGUAUGCAGUUUUCUCCAACUCACCCGUGUAUACCCUCUUUAUUAGACAGUCAGAUCAGCAAAGUGUUCAUAGCAGCAGGAGAUGACUGUUCUGAUAUUGGCCCUCAUUCCGAGUUGAUCACUCGCUAGCUGCUUUUAGCAGCAGUGCAGACGCUAAGCCGCCGCCCACUGGGAGUGUAUCUUAGCUUAGCAGAAGUGCGAACGAAAGGUUAGCAGAACAGUGCUGACAUUUUUUCAAGCAGUUUCAGAGUAGCUGCAGACCUACUCCUUCCUUGCGAUCACUUCAGUCUGUUUAGUUCCUGCUUUGACGUCACAAACACGCCCUGCGUUCGGCCAGCCACUCCCCCGUUUCCCCAGGCACGCCUGUGUUUUUACCUGACACGCAUGCGUUUUUUAGCACACUCACGGAAAACGGUCAGUUACCACCCAGAAACACCCACUUCCUGUCAAUCACUCACCGAUCAACAGAGCGACAGAAAAGCGUCGCUCGACCUUGUGUGAAACUGCAUAGUUUUUUGUGAAAGUACGUCGCGGGUGCGCACUGCGGCCCGUACGCAUGCGCAGAAAUGCCGAUUUUUAGCCUGAUCGCUGCGCUGUGAACAACGGCAGCUAGCGAUCAACUCGGAAUGACCCCCAUUGUGGGAGACAGUGAUAAGCAGGAAGCCACAGAAUAAACGGCAGAUGUAUUGUAAAUCACAUUUUUCAUGCAAAGAAUUUUUUUUUGAUCGUGGUGCUAAUAAAGGACUUUUCACCUGACUGUAUCAAAGUGAAUUCAAAUUCAACAAGUAUAUUUUCCUACGAUAAGUAAAAAGUAAACAAAUGGCCUCAGCAUAAGACCAUGAACAUCAUAGCAAAAUGUAAUAAAUCUAAGUAUUUUUUCAACUAUUUCAAAUCUGUUAUACUGUAAAAUAAAUUAUGGACAUGGUGCAGAAUUAUUUUACAAUACUAACUGGGGACAAUAAUUAAAAAACCGUGUGAAAAUGGAGUGACUUACACCUUAUACAGCUAUGUAGGAAUAUAUCUUUAAUUACUUUAUUGAUGCACCUUGAUAUGCCAAAUAAUAAAUUAAAGUUAUCAAAUUAUUAUGUUAAAAUGGGUAGUGACGUAACUGGUGGGUCGGGGGUAGGCAACCUGUGGCACUCUGGAUGCUGUGGAACUACACAGCCCAGUAGGUCCUGCCAAUUCACUAACAACAAUACUGUAGCAGGAUGUUCUGGGAUAUGUAGUUCCAUGGCAGCUGGAGAGCCAUAGUGGGUAGUGAAGUAACUAGUGAGGACAGUGUUAAGUUAGCUAAAAUGAGGGUAGAUGGGUGUAUAGGUAUUAGGGUCAAAUGUAAUAGAGUUAGAGUUUUAGAAAGUGAGAGAUUUGGUAAAGUUUUUCAUACCCCUUUCCCACUGCAAAUAUAUCCCGGGAUAUUCGACCCGGGUCAAGGUGCAGUCUAAAAGCACCACUUUUGAAUAUCCCAGGUCGAGUAACCCUGCAUUUCAACCCGGUAUUAAAGCAGUGUUAUACACGGGUUGGACCCGGGUCAAUGUGCACUCUAAAGUGUCCAACCCGGGUUAUUCAACCCUGCAUGCAUGUAAACGUGCUGAUUGGCUGUUCUUUGUGUGCCUUGAUGAUGUCAGCACUCAGCAGCCUGAGCCCUGCUACACAGGAGAGAACAGAGAGCAUUAGAGCUAUUAAGAAUUAGGGGUGAGGCAGAGAUUGCUAGGCAACUUACUUCAUACCUCCCAGCUUAUUAAAAGUACAAAGAGGGACCUUGGCGCGCGCUAAGUGCACCCAAAAAGGGUGUGUGACCUAUAUGAAAGGGGCGUGACCUUGUGGCAGAGCCUCAAUCGCGAGUCACGCUCCCUUGUACCGUCACUGAGGGGGCAUGACCAGCGCUCUCUGAGCUGCUGGCAUGCCUCUUCUCCCUCUGUCACCUGUGCAUGCGCACAGUGUCUAAUCACCACUGCUCUGCUAAGCAGAGCAGCAGUGACAGGAGCCUCCCAACUACCCCCCACCUCCACCGCAGGACUCUGCAGCCCAGGGGUGGGACGGCGGGACAGUCCCCCAAAGAACGUGACUAUUCCGCGAAAAUCAGGACAGUUGGGAGGUAUGUUACUGGAACAGUUAAAGAUGCAAUUGUGUAUAAAAACAUAGCUCUGUCCGCCAUGAUUCCUGCAAUGCUGUGAGCUGUCCCCUCCCUUUCCUUUUGUCCCCUUCUGACACCUCAUCUUUCUGAGCCAAAAAACAGUCCAUUUAAAAUGACAUCCAUGGGGGGAGAUUCAAUUCUUUUCACCCCUUUUCACACCCAUUCUGUUUCUGCCCUCAGGGGCGUGGUAUCAUUAUUUCAGCUUGCUACCUUCGGAGUAGGGAGGCACCCAACCCUUUACACAGCUAAACCUGAUUACUAUCGGCGCUAUAUGCGCAAUAACGGAGAUCAUUUUAGAAGGAAAUUGGGCGUGAUAUGUCAUUUGAAUCUCACCCAGUGUGUUUUAAUUGCUGACCCGGGCUGAGUUAAAAGGAGCUAACCCAACAAUAACCCGGGUUGAAAGUAUAGUGUUAAAGGGUCCGACCCGUGUCCGACCCAGAUUCAAAAUACCGGGUUGGACCCGGGUUUGCGGUGUGAAAGGGGUAUCAGUUUUUCUUAAAAUGGCAAUCAUUUACACUGCAAAACCAGGUUGAUCUUGCUGUGUAAAUGAUUGCCACUUUUAAAAAAAAAUUGCAAAACCUUACCAAAUCUCUCACUUUCUGAAACUCUCACUCUAUUACAUUUGGCUCCAAAUGUUUUGAUUAGUAGAGCAAAUCAAUUCUAUUCAAUGUUAUGUUGCCAAAAAGAUAUGCUCCCUCCUCAUAGAGUCAGAGAAGAGAUGAGAAUAUAUGUCUUUUCUCCAUGCAUUUUCAUGAAAUUCUACCUAACUACGGCAGUUACAUUCGAAAAAGAAAUUCAGUUCCUGUGCUGGAUGUAUUUGAAAAAGUCUCUGCUCUCUCCCUAGCAGAUAUGCCGCUGCGCUGCUGUAGUGAGCAGGGGAGAAGUGUUAGGGAGGAUCCACCACUGGAAGGGCUAGGGCCCUAACAGUGAUGUAUGCAAGGCUUCUGUCUCAGUGAUACAGUAUUGCUGCAAUAUAAAACACAUCUCUGUAUAAAUCAAAGUGUACACAUGCAACCUGUUUAUGAAUGUUACUGACACUUUAAAACAGCGAACCCCUGAUACAGUAGUGUUAGAACAGAAUGACUGUGGUAUAUUAAUGCUGCUUAUGUAACCCAAAUAUGAUACUUUGUUUAAAGCUAUAUAACAGAGGUGUAUUUAUGUUGCUUUGGUCCUAUAUGAAAGAUGACCUUAGCAGGAUUGCCAUAACAGGAGCAUGGCUAUUGGUGGGAUUCUAUAUUCUUUUCACUAGUUAUCCAUUCAAAUGAGACGUGUACUGAUUAUCAUACUGUAUAAUAUAGGAUAUUGUAACUUCACAAGUGGCAUCUAUUUUUGCACUUAAUAAUUAAUAACAUGCUAUACUUUCCACCAUGCUACCCUACCUUACCUCAGGUGGCAUCAAUAAAUGGCAGUUAGUAGAAUGAAAAAUGAUACAAAAAUGUUAUGACAACUUUCAGUCAGAGGUUGUGACUUACAGUAGGGCCCCUGAAUGACUUACUACAAGGAAAAUAUGUCUGUCAUCUGCCAUAAAGCUAAAUAAAGCUUUCUGUUGUUAUAUUUAAUGUAAAUAAGUUGUAGAUAUAUUUUUUCUGUUUGGUUUGGUUUUGAUUUAAGCCGAACCUGAACAAACAGUGCAUAACUUAUUUAUUAAUUAAGGUUUUAGUGCAGCAUUGUAACAUCCCCAUGUUUUCCUGCAUAGAGCACUGAUGAAUAAAUCAUUUAUGCACUGAUUUGUUGAGUUGUGCAUUGUAUCACUACCCCAUUGGACACGUUGGGAGACUAAUGAAGUCUCAUAACCUUUAUAGCCUGUCCUUAUCAUUAAACUGUAUAUUUGAUACAUAAAAAUAUCAGUAAAACUAAAGUUUAAAAAUCUGUUCAUAGCACCUAAAGGACCUGACUCAGAGAAAUACGCUAAUGCCAAUUUUCUACGCAUCGCAAUUGCAGAUAUCAGCAAGUGAAGCUGCCACCCAGAAAUGAAAAGAAAUGCCUACCAGAGCUACUGCAACUCAUUUACAAUUACAUACACAUAAUAGCUUAUACGCAAGAUCAUUAGGCUGAAGGGUAGACCUAUGGCUACACAGACUGGACCCGGCAGUAGCCACACAGGUUUUGUACGUUAGGGCUUGCAGCUGACAUCAGAUACACGCCACGAAAACGGCCAUGACAUGCCUGCGUUUUAACAACAAGUCCCCGCUAACACCAUGUAAACACCCCCAAAUGGUCACUUCCUGUCAAUCACUUUGCAAAGGAAUCCUUAUUGCGUGCGGGUUCACAGCAUCACCUUGAUGCAUGCGCAGUGCGAAUGCAGCACAUGAUCAGUCUCACAAUAAUUGCUUAGUUCUGCAGAACAUCGGCUUUGUGUACUUCUCUGAAUCUGGCUCAGAGUGUAAUCAUCACUCACAAACACAGCUGUGGCAGCCAUUUUAUAAGCAAAAUAAGUACAGGCUUACACAACAAAAUGUGCAGGAACACAUCAUAUUAAAGGCAACCAUUUCGGAACAAACAACCUUUUUAAUAUGCAGAGCCGUAACUAGGUGUGUGCCGAGUGUGCUCAGCCCACAGCGCAUAGAAACUGCUGGCAGGGAACCGGCACUCCCGUAUCCACCAAUAUGACCUGACACCCACCGCCAGUGGCAGUGAUGCCACUGCCCGCUGUAGUGUAUGUAGCACUGCUACAUACAUUGAUUAUAGUACUGCAGCUGCCCCCCUUCUGUCAGCAUUUAGCUUAAACUCUGGAGCUCCACCUUUCAGGUCACUGCACGGUGUACUGAGAGUGUAGGGAGAGACGUCUCUCCCAUAGUACUGAAGGAGGAGCGGCGGUAGCAUCCGGUGAGUCACCCAGUGGGGACUGGGGGGGAGCGAGAGCUCAGCAGGACUUAAUUUAGCCCUUUGCCACUAUCGGAGGCUACUCAAAUAGCAGCACUGAGCCUAGCCUACCUAUACUUCAUGAAUAUGGGCACUGUGCGUACACUGCUGAGAGUAGACUGCAGAGUGGGCCCGGUGUUUAUUUGAGGGGGCUCUACCUGGCGCAAUGUGUAAAAGGUAGCUCUACCUGAUGCUGGAAAAGGGCACUCUACCUGGUGAAAUGUGUAAAAGGGGGCUCUACCUGGCUUUGUAUAAGGGGGCUCUGCCUGGUGUAAUAUGUAAAAGAGGGCUCUACCUGGUGUAUGGGGGCUCUACCUGGUGCAAUGUGUAAAAGUAGACUCUACCUGGUGCAAUGUGUAAAAGGAGGCUCUACCUGGAGCAAUGUGUAAAAGGAGCUCUUCCUGGCAUUGUAAAAAGGGACUCUACCUGGCAUAAUGUGUAAAAGGGGUCUCUACUGGGCGUAAUGGUUAAAAGGGGACUCUACCUGGUGCAAUGUGUAACAGGGGCUCUACCUGGCACAAUGUGUAAAAGGCUCUGCCUGGCAUAAUAUGUAAAAGGAGGCUCUACCUGGAAUAAUGUGUGAUGGGCUCUACAUGGAGUAAUAUGUAAAAGGGGGCUCUACCAGGCAUAAUGUGUAAAAGGGGACUCUACCUGGCGUAAUGUGUAAAAGGGGCUCUACCUGGAAUAAUGUAUAUAAGGGGCUCUGCUCUACUGGGGUAUCAUAUGUGAAAGGGUGCUCUACCUGGCAUAAUGUGUAAAACGGCCUCUACCUGGCGCAAUGUAUAUAAGGCGUUCUACCUGGUGUAAUGUGUAUUAGUGGCACUCUGAGUGGCAUAAUUUAAAUAAUGGAGACUACUGUGCGACGUUAUACGAAUUUGUAUUAUUUUGUGACCACGCCCCUUCCCCAUCAAGACACACCCUUAUAUUUUGGCCUCAACCUUUGGCUCGCACUGUCCCUGUUUUAAUUUUGUGGGGGAGGGGACACACCAAUUCUGUUUCUGGCACAAAACACCAAAAUGUCUAGUUACAGCUCUGUUAUUAUGUGUACCUGUGCAUGUUGCUGCAUGAAUAAAAAGCUCAUACAAGCUAUUGUUUUAAUAAUUACAAUUGUUUGUGUGUAGCCUUGUACUUCGCUUAUUUUAGACAAACUAAGGUUUUGAGGAGACCUGGAUAACUGGAAGCCACUUUAUGGGCUCAAGCGUUUCCCAUGAAAAAGCAGCCAUAGAGGUGCGCAGUGAUGUUGGGGUAUUGCAUUCUACAGCAAUGUGGAGAUUUUAAUACAGGCUUAUUAGUUCACUAGAAACUAGUGAUUAAUGAGGCACUUUAUGGUUCCGGUAAAAUGGUUGUCACCUUGUUUAUAGUGGCAGGUGUAUUUUAACACUUUAAAAAUGCAUUUACUUUGCAAACAUUGCACAUAAACUAUGCAUAUAGGACCUCAUUCCGAGUUGAUCGCUCGCUAGCUGCUCUUAGCAGCAGUGCAAACGCUAAGCCGCCACUCUCUGGGAGUGUAUCUUAGCUUAGCAGACGUGCGAACGAAAGGAUCGCAGAACGGCGUCUAAAUUUUUUCAAGCAGUUUCUGAGUAGCUGCAGACCUACUCCUACCUUGCGAUCACUUCAGACUAUUUAGUUCCUGUUUUGACGUCACAAACACGCCCUGCGUUUGGCCAGCCACUCCUCCGUUUCCCCAGGCACGCCUGCGUUUGUAUCUGACACGCCUGCGUUUUUCAGCACACUCACGGAAAACGGUCAGUUACCUCCCAGAAACGCCCCAUUCCUGUCAAUCACUCAGCGGUCAACAGUGCAACUGAAAAGCAUCGCUAGACCUUGUGUGAAACUGCAUCGGCUUUUGUGAAAGUACUUUGUGCGCGCGCAGUGCGCACCAUACGCAGAAGUGCAGAAUUUUUGCCUGAUCGCUGCGCUGCAAACAACGGCAGCUAGCGAUCAACUCGGAAUGAGGGCCUUAGUCCUAACCCACAUUUAUAUUAUUGUGCAUUCUGUUCUUGCACAGAAUAGUCCUGUUGUAAUGCUUGUUGCUGUUUACUGGAUGUCCUCUGUGAAAUCUGAUUCAUUAGAACUGUGCCCAACAAGAUAAUGGUGCUAUUUCUUGUGUGAGUUUCAGCAGCUAACACUGCCAUCCACUCAGCCAUUUAAUCACAUAUACCAAGCUACACAUUUGUUAAAUGUUUUGUGAGAUUGUUAAAAUUACUUUUUAAUGAUUAUACUAUGUAAAACUCAUGCCUGUAAAUAUUUGGCUUCAAUAAUUGCUCAGGGAAUAAUGAUCAAAAUAUAAUGGAAAUAAAAAGUGUGUGAACUGUU